UUUAUUUAUUUAUUUAUUUGAGUAUAUAAAUGAAACUGUGAAUAUAUUCAUUGCCACAUUUCUCUCCAUCCGCCGGAGCAAAAUGAAGUUUCCGUUCCCGUUCAAAUCGGCGUCGGGAACCGUCGCGGCGGCGUCGCGGCUGUGGCCUACCUGCGUCGACAGUCCUCGAACUCCUUCGUUUCGGAUUAACACCGGCGGCGACGAUCUGUUCGGAGUCAGUUCCAACUCGGCGGCGGAUAUCGACGGCGAUAGUAAGGAGGUAACUGGCCGUAACCGUUCAUUAGCUUCUUCAAUUUUCAGUUCAGAAAGCUGUAACUACACCGACGAGCACGCGGAAGGUUUGGAAUCGGCGGUGGUCGGCGGUUUGAAGUCGGAGCGCCUGUUCUUCGAGCCUGCGGGAGAGACGAAAUCGAUUUUGGAAGAAGCGAAGGUAAUCGAAGAUUGUACGGACGGCGACGGCGACGGCGACGGCGGCGUGAAGGUUGUGGCGAUGGAUUCCGACGAUCCGUAUUCGGAUUUCCGAACUUCGAUGGAGGAAAUGGUGGAGGCUCACGGAUUGAAGGAUUGGGAGUAUUUGGAGGAGCUUCUGGCGUGCUAUCUCAGAAUCAACUGCGAAAUCCACCAUAGCUACAUCAUCGAAGCUUUUCUGGAUCUACUUAUUCAUCUCGGUAUGGUUCUCUCUAUCGAAGAAUUUUUCUCUCCUUCUGCAGUAACUGCUCCGACUCCGAUCUCCUUCACUUCUCCGCUUUCAUUUUCAUCUCCUUCCUCGCCUGGGAACGAAGAACACAGUAGAACUGUAAGGAACAUUCCAGAAACUUCUUCUUCUUCUUCAUCCUCCUCCUCCAUGUCCUCAUAUUUAUAAAACUGUUCAUUCUAUGCUUUCGUUAGGCUUUAAAUUGUGGAUAUACAAAUAAAUUGUAAAUCAAACUUUCCAAAACGUGCAUCGAUUGUUUUGAUUUUCUACCUUUUUCACAUUACAUAAAAGCAAAAUCAAAUUGUAUCUGGAAAUCAUUUUUGAUUCUGUGCUUUGGUCCGACCUACCUGUAGUUGCAUAUGAAGAGCGGAGGUACUUUGAUUCCAAAAUCAAGCAUAAAACACCAUGACAUGACACCUGCAAAGCACUCUAAACUUUUCCUUUUGCAGUUUAUGUGAUGUUUUUGUAAA